UCUUUGCAUGAAGAAACCAUGAGAGAUUGGAAGCUCAUAAUUUGAGUUCGUUGGUGCAGAACUGCAGAAACACAGCUAAUCAUUUAUUAACACCGCCUUGACGUUUCCCUCAGCUCAGUGAAAACAACUGGUUACCCGAAGUCCCACCUGAUGCCCUUGACACACAUCUCACUGGAGAGAGGACCUAGGAACCAUACCUUUGAAUAUAAUCAUCAAGGAAGGUAGCACCCAUAUGUCCCAGUUUCUGUGAGAGCCCAACCAUGACCAAGUUGCAAAACUACCACCUGUCAUAGAGCGUGCGCUGUUGUUGGUGGAUGCAGUGGCUAAUGGCUUGAUGGCCGCACAUUCUUUGUUUACUGAUAUGGUAGGCAACAUUCUUGAUCUGCAAAGUCUCUGGCGAGCCCCUUCCUGGGACCUUCGGUGUGCUGGCACUGCCUUCUACGUUCACGUUGCUUUCGUCCACUUCUCACUCGUACCCUUGCGCCCAGCGAUGACGGAGGGAGAGUAUAUCCACUCUCUAUAUGCCAUCAGUUUAUAUGCCCUCUGGCGUCACUUGCCUCCAGGAAUCCAACGCUUGCCUCCAGGAAGCCAACGCUCCAAUCCAAUCCUCUCUCUCUCCAGAUUUCAGGUUGGGGAGCACCAAGUGGCAUCACUGAAUCCAAAUCAGAAUCAGCUCAACGAAUGGACCCAGGACCUUCAGGCAGUCUCUCAGAAGAAGGUACCUUGUUCGAAACCUGGCUUGGAGAAGAAGAACACAGCAGGCAUCAAGGAAGCAUCAAGUGUGGCGGUGUGGAGUGCAGCUGCCAAAGCCUCUGGAUCAUCAUCCACUGAUCCUGCCUGUAUGAGGAUACAGCUCUCAAGUAACAAUGAGGACAUUUCUUGCACCGACAUCAUCUCGCCAAGACAGGAAAAUGGGGUUCAUUAUUUUCCACAUUUUGGGCAAGGUCACGGAGGAAAAAAAUAGUAUGAAAACUUAAUAUUGCAGGAAAGACAAUAUCAACAAUGAAAUAAUAUUUGAGAUUGAAAAGAUGUAUUAUCCCCAUAGCUUUUCCAAACUCAGCAUCUACACAAAAUAUUGUCUUUUAAGUGCCAGUAAAUUAUUUAAGUUACAGUUCUCCAAGAGCAGCUUUAACUGCUUUCUGUUAAUUAGAAAGUCCCACUUUGUUACCUCUCUCAGUCAAAACAACUUCAUUUCUUACAAUGUUAUUUCCUUUUCUUUCAGAAUUUUGUGCCAUGGUGUAAAUUUUCCAAGUGAAUAUACCUGUUCUCUUUCUCUCUACAAAAUAUAUAGAUAUUAAAUGAAUAUCUAUCUAGUACAUAACUUGAUAAAAAGAGAGGAUGUUACAUUUCAUUUGCUCAUGGAUACCAAUAUUUCUUGUACUAAAAUAUUAACACAUACCUUCCUUUGAGAAUUAUCUAAGUUUGUUAAAUGCAAGAAAAGUUUACUCUGAUGCUGAUGUUAACUACUAAUAACUCAAGUAUUAACAAACACUGAGCUUU